CGUCCAUACCAACAAAACGGCAUCAAGGUAAGUGAUCGAAACAUGGCAUAUGGACGAUUGAUUGAAGAUUGGACGACACAGAGAUAGUCAGCGAUGCUUUAUUGGGGAGGCGGUGAUAGAAAGUGGUGGAAGAGGGGAGGAGAGUAAUCGAAGAUGAAUUAAGCCCUUGCUGUCUUUGGCUUGUACCGACGUCCGACAAAUCAAGACUGUUCGACAAUACAAUCGCUUUAUUUGACACAGUCGUCCACCUUCAAUCCGCCCGUUCUUCAUUCCAAUCGAACAUCAGACUUACCCUUAGUUUACAUUUCUUACAUUUACAGAUGAGUCUCCAAACAAGCAAGCCGUACCUCGUGGAUGGCAAGGGCCACUUGAUGGGUCGCUUGGCCUCCAUUGUCGCCAAGGAAAUCCUUAACGGACAAAACGUUACCGUUGUCAGAUGUGAAUUGAUCAACAUCUCCGGUAACACUUUCCGUAACAAGAUCAAAUUCCACGACUUCAUGCACAAACGCCAUUUGGUUAACCCCAAGAAGAGCGGUCCAUUCCACCACCGUGCACCUUCCCGCAUCUUUGCCCGUGCCGUUCGCGGUAUGGUUCCUCACAAGACUGCCCGUGGAGCUGCAGCAAUGAACCGUCUCAAGGUUUACGAAGGUAUGCCACCACCAUUUGACCGCCAAAAGAAGUUCGUCGUUCCCCAAGCGUUGCGUGUUCUACGAUUGAAGCCAGGACGUAAGUUCGCUACAUUGAAGGCAAUCUCUGCCGAUGCAGGAUGGAAAUACGAAGCUGUUGUCGAUAAAUUGGAAGAGAAGCGUAAGGUUAAGGCUGCUGCAUACCAAGAACGCAGAACUGCUGCUCACAAGAAGCGUGCUGCUGCCAUCACUGCUGGUGGAUCUGGUUUGGCAGAGAUCAACUCCAAGUUGACUCCUUAUGGUCUUUAAAUUGGAAUAAAGUUGAUUUGAAGGGUCAUUACAAUUUGACUUUAAGCGACUUUAAUUUCGUCUCUCCUCCAUGCAUUACCAUCAUUUCAUGAUCUGUCACAUUUAUAGCCUCGCACGCACACAUUAUUCGAAGAGAAGCUUCAAACAUUGAACGCUUGCCUUCAUCUGUACACUGGUGUAAUUAUCUUUAUACACCUCAAAAUACAACAUUGUUACGCAAAACAUACAUGUUUGAUCACCACCAGAUAAGGAAAUGAGGAUAGCCAAGCUUCCGAGAGACUGGAAUAAUCUGGUUUGGCACGUGAAUGAAGUACGCUGAU